UUGUGCUCGGCUCUGCUUCCGCGCGGUCAAGAUGGUUUUCCUCCUCACGUUGUUUUCAGCCACCACCUGGACUCUGCUGGUUCUGUGUGCCACCCUCCUGUUUCUCUAUUCCAUUUGGCCUUACAGGUUUUUUAAAAAGCUGGGAAUCUCCGGACCACGGCCUCUGCCUAUAAUGGGGACAUUGAUGUACUUAAGAAAGGGUUUUUAUGCUUUUGACCGUGAAUGCCAGGCAAAGUACGGAGAUGUGUGGGGGUUGUAUGAGGGACGCUUACCAGUUUUAAUGGUGUCAGACCCGGACAUGCUUAAAAGUGUGAUGGUGAAGGAGUGCUACUCUGUGUUCACCAACCGCAGGGAUACUUUUUUUGAUGGACCGAUGGAUGACGCGAUUACAGCAGUGAAAGAUGAAAGGUGGAAACGGAUUCGGAGCACGUUAUCUCCCUGUUUCACCAGCGGACGACUGAAAAUGAUCUUUCCCAUCAUUGCUCGCUAUGCAGACCGGCUCGUUGAGAAACUAGGAGAAAAACACGAGGAUGAAAUGGUCGAUGUCAAACAACUGGUGGCACCUUACAGCUUAGACGUCGUGACCAGCGCAUCGUUCAGCGUUGAGGCCGACUCCCAGAACAACCCAGACGACCCACUUAUCGUUCACCUCAAGAAAAUUCUGAACUUCAGACUGUGGCCGCUGGCUAUAAUAUUGAUAUUUGGUGUUCGUGUGUUUAAACUGCUGAAGAUCGAGGUGAUGCCCAGUCUCAGCUUGGAUUAUUUCUACAACAUCAUCAAGAGAUUUAAAGAGCAGCACCAUGCAGACGACUCCAUUCGAGCCGACUUCCUGCACGUGAUGCUUCAGAGCGAGAUUCCAGAUGCGGAGAUACAGAACGAGGAACAGCAGCCGAGCAAAGGUCUGACUGAACACGAGAUCCUUUCUCAGGCCUUGAUUUUCAUCUUCGGAGGCUAUGAGACCACCAGCAGCACCCUUUCAUUCCUGUUUUACAAUCUGGCAACCAACCCUAACGCGAUGCGGAUCCUGCAGGAAGAGAUCGAUGCCAGCAUACCGAGAGAUGCUCCAGUUUCGUAUGACGACCUGCUGCGUCUGCAGUACCUGGACCAGGUGAUUUCUGAGUCGCUGCGCUUGCUUCCCACUGCGCCUCGGCUCGAGCGGAUGUGCAAAAAAACAGUCCAGCUCCACGGCAUCACCAUCCUGGAAGGAACGCUCAUUGGGAUUCCUGUGUACUUGUUACACAAGGAUCCACGUUUCUGGAACUCACCAGAGCUUUUCAGACCAGAGAGGUUCAGUCCCGACAGCGGGGAGGAGGUGAACCCGUACGUGUACAUGCCGUUCGGGCUUGGGCCUCGUAACUGCAUUGGGAUGCGCUACGCUCUCCUCGUCAUGAAAAUGGUUGUUGUGCGUCUCCUGCAGGAUUACACCAUAGAAACAUGCAGAGACACUGUGAUUCCUUUAGAGCUCAACUGGAAGUUUCAGCCGGUGGUGCCAAUAAAACUCAAGUUUGUUCCCAGAAGACAUUAGUCAGAAGAAGAAAUUCUGUCAAAGUCAAUAUUAUGUACAUAUCACUUUUCUAUAAAUAGUCUCAAAUGUUUCAUCUUUAUGUCUUAAUUUUUCGGAAGAAAAUAGAACAUUUAUCUUUUAUUUUUAUGACUAUACAUGAAUUUAACUAUCUUAGUUAAAAAAAUUGUAAUGGACAGUUAAACCUACCAGCGUCAUUCUUAUAAAACCGCUUUAAUAUUUUAAGGGGAACAUGAGAGAAUGUAAAAUAACCUGAUCCAAACAUAAAAAUACUUUAUAGCACCAUCUUUGCUGUCUC